CAUGAACAAUACAAAAUCAGUGAGAAUUAAGGCACUAGAACAGGACAAAACACAAGCUUAAAUGCUCGAGUUGGCAACGCGCCCAGUUCCCGCUGCCUCUGUGAUAUCAACGAUGACAGAUACCAAGGUCGAGGAUACGUUGAAUGAGCGGCACGUCCUCCGAACUGGCUGGUCCGCAACAGCCUUGCCUAAGAGGAUGCAUGUGCCGCUUCCGCAGCGGCACCGCCAUCAUUGUUACAUAGCAGGCUCGUCAGCGAUAAAUCAUAAAUGGUGGUUCGUGCACCUAGGCGCUCCACGCAGUGGCACGUCGGGCAGCAUUGUGCAGGUAGUAGAAUCCGCGGCCUAAUGAGGGACCGGGGUUGACACCUGUGCAAGGGAAAUGCCAAAAGAACCUAUUUUCAGUUGCCCCCACCCUAUUGUUUUCUCAACAGUGAACCAACAAACAAGAUCGAGGACGUUUCGAUCAGGUAGGGAAGGACUGGAGGCCUAUGAUGCAUCAUAGUUGGAUAUGGUGCAGAGCGGAGUGUGGAUCACAGCGAUAGUAACAUCCAGGACUCUUCCCGGCCAGGAACUGGACAGAACCAUCAAAAGAUAGCACCGAACACGAGGAGACUUUUUGUGGAAGAACUUAAUAACGGCAAUCAUGACAAUUGUGCGAGGGAGAGGCAGAAUUAGGAUAAAUGGGCGCUGUAUUCGACAGUUGACUAUAGACAUAAAGCCAGGCGGGGGGAUUGGUAAGGUUCAGGACGCCUCCAGCUGACGAGGUUUUAUAUCGUCCACUCCCUUUCUGUAGUUCUCCCCGACGGCAACAGCAUUA